AUGAUAGAGAAACCAACGAAACCAUCAAUAAAAUCAUGUACUACAAAAGAUAAAAAGCCAAAAGAUAAAAAGGCACAAAUAAAAGAACAGACAGAUCGCGAGUUUAAAGAGAUAGAAGAAUGCAAAAAAAUCCUUAAAAAAGAAAAACAGAAAAAAAAUGCUAAAACCAAGAUGGUUUCCAUAGAAUAUCAGCCGACCGGCUUAGAUCCGACGAUCAGUUCGUGUGAAGAACAAAAAAAGAAGUUUACAAAUACGCUAAAUGACUCGAUCAUUUCUGCCUUAUUCAAAUCGCUCAAUAUCAAAUCUAACAUUAUCAAUAGUCAGAUUCCAUUUAUUGCCAAGUUAGUAGCCUUUUAAUUUUGCUUCCGUCCUUAACAACGUUUUCGAAACUUUAAGAUUAAUUAAUUCAGGGAGAAUACACGAUGGGAAAAAAUGAUGUUCAAUCUAAUUAAAUGUACAAUAUUAUUAAUUAAAUAAGAUU